AUGGGAUGUGGACCAUCUUGCAAGCAUAGUGGUAGUCGAACUACCACUACUAAAGCAUUAGCAACAGCUGACAUAGCAGAUGUUACUCUUUCGCUUAUACCACCAGCUACUAUCCAGCGAAUGAUAUUUCGUAUCGACUUAAUGGAAUGGAAUGGCUUCCAACGUCUAUGGGUAAUAAAGCUUACUGCAUGUGAAGUGGAAGAUCCUCAACUUCGACAACUAAUUGAUCACUAUAAAAAUAGUUUUGGAGAAAUCGCAGACAAUUUGACUCUUGGAGAUAUGCUUAGUGAUAUUGGAGACUAUGAUAGAGCUGUUCGUUUUUAUCAAAUGCCAUGCGACAUACAACAACCGGAUCACAUCGAAGAAGGCAUGUUGAAAAACAAUAUUGGCUGGUUAUAUAGUUGCAAAGGCAACUUCGCUGAAGCUCUAAAGCAUUUCGAACAAGCAUUUGAGCUUGAGUCAAAACAUUUACCUGAUAAUCAUCAGGAUCUAGCAGCAAUUACUAAUAAUAUUGGUAUGAUAUAUUACGAAAGAGAUGAUUAUCGUGCUGCACUAGCUAAUUUUCAAAAAUCACUUGAUAUUAAACUGAAAGCCGAUUCAAAAUCCGAGGAGUCGAUAGCAAUAACAUACAAAAUUCAACUACAGUCGUUGUCUGCCGAUCAUUCUGAUAUUGGAACAACUUAUGUUCGAUUCGGUUCCAUUCAUACUCUUCGAGAAGACUAUGAUUUAGCAUUAGAAUAUCAGCAAAAGGCACUAGAGAUUUAUCAAAAAUCUCAUUCAGUGAAUCGUCUAAGUCUUGCAACUGUCUAUAACAACAUGGGGCUUGCCUAUGAAAGAAAACUUGACAACGUACAGGCUUUAGAUUAUUAUGAAAAAGCCUUAGAAGUCUAUUUACAAAAUGCAAUAACCUCACAAAGUCAUCCUUCAAUGAUUACUGUUUACGGUAAUCUCGGGCGUCUGAGCAUAUCUCAACAAGACCACCAGAGAGCUUUAGAAUGUUUCGAGAAAGCUCUGGAGAUCAGUCGGAAAGUUUAUCCAAACGAUCACCCAAGUAUAUCUUUAUAUCGAGUACACAGCUUAUCACUAAGAAGAAAAAUGGGACUGCCUGAACUUGAUGAAGCAAUUGUGGUUGCAGUAAAAGAGAAAGAGGAAGAAAAAGCUGCUUCAGCAGUGUCAGCUGGUCGAGCUUGUUGCUGGUGUUGUGGUUUUCGUUUGAGAAUCGAACAUGAUCGACAGUAA